AUGAGCACCCUGCACGACACCAAGCCCACCACCACCGCGCCGGAGACGUACGAUGCCGAGAAGAGCAGCCUGGCAGACGUGACCACCAUCCCCGUGCCUGAGGACAUCUCGCCCGAGGACGACGCGCGCCUGCGCCGCCGGAUCGACUGGCACCUCCUGCCCCUCUUCUGCGUCAUCUACUGUCUGCAGUACGUGGACAAGGUCGCCAUGUCGUACGCUGCCAUCAUGGGCUUCCGUGAGGCCAACCAUCUCUCGCUGGCGCAGUACUCGUGGCUCGGGAGCAUCUUCUACAUCGGCUACGUCGUGGGCGAGUACCCCAUGUGCCUGUUGAUGCAGAAGCUCCCGCUGUCCAAGCUCUCAGCGGUCAACAUUGUGCUCUGGGGCGGCGUGCUGUGCCUCAUGGCCGCGGUGCCGGGCUUCCACGGCCUGAUGGUCGUGCGGUUCCUGCUGGGGUUCUUCGAGAGCGCCAUCACGCCCGGCCUCGCCCUGUUCACGGGCCAGUGGUACCGCCUCCGCGAGCAGGGCACGCGCACAGGGCUGUGGUACUCGAUGCUCGGGUUCGGCUACAUCCUCGGCGGGGCCAGCAGCUACGGGCUCGCCAAGGCCAACCUGCGCGGCGAUCUCUCCAUCCCCGGCUGGAAGGUCGUGUAUGUCAUGUUCGGGCUGGCAACCAGCGUUGUCGGCAUCCUCAUGUGGUUCUUGAUCCCGGACACCAUCGACACGGCGUGGUUCCUCACCCCCGCGGAUCGGGAGCUCGCCAAGCGACGCACAAGGGAGAACCAGCAGCCCACGAGCACCAAGUGGUCGUGGCCCCAGUUCCGCGAGGCGAUGGCGGACCCGCUCACAUGGCUGUACUGCAUCGUGUGCCUGCUUUGCUCGAUCCCCAACGGCAUCACGACCAACUUCUUCACCAUCAUCAUCAAGGACUUUGGGUUCGACUCGCUCCAGACGCUGCUGCUCGGCAUGGUCGGCUCGUGGGUGGUUGUCAACUAUUGCUUCUGGCUGUGGUUCGGCGACCGGGUCGGGAACCGCUGCCUGUCCGCCAUGCCGCCGUGCUGUGUCUCCAUCAUCGGCUUCGCAAUCAUGUACGCCACGCCAGAGCACAAGCGCAUGGUCCGCCUUGCGGGUUACUACAUCUGCGUGCCGUGGUUCGUGACCGUCCCCAUUGCGCUCUCGCUCAUCACGUCCAACGUGGCUGGUAAGACGAAGAAGACGACGGUGAAUGCGCUGUUCUUCAUUUCGUACUGCAUCGGUAACCUCGUCGGCCCGCAGGCUUACCAACAGCGCGAUGCCCCGCGUUUCAUGCCGCUGUACCUCACCUGCAUCCUCAGCGUCGGGCUGUCCAUCGUCACCAUGGUCGCCAUCUACGUCGUGUACCGGGUGGAGAAUGCCAAGCGGGACCGCAUCGAGUCGGCGGCCGGCCCACGCCAGUUCAACCCCGAGGACGACUUGACGGACCGCAUGAACCCGCACUUCCGCUACACGUACUAGCGAUUCGAUGCUGUCAGACGUGGAGGUGCAUGGCGAGGUUGAAGACACGUUGCUCGGCGUGAAAUGGCAAGUCGUUGCUGAGGGUCGGCGCUCGACAACGGCUCGCCGCCGGCAUCGUCGUCGUUCGGAGAACGACCCCUCAAGCCAUGGCCGUAGUCCCGAGUGGGGAGAAGUUGUAUCAGAGUGCCCAUGCAGAUGGGGAC